AUGCCCGAAUCUACGCCCCAAACGGCCGACUCAGGAACACCCAAGGCUGGUGCCCCUAAGGACAAGAACUGCCCCUUUUGUGGGCAAGCAUUCACCUCUUCUUCGCUCGGCCGCCAUCUCGAUCUGUAUAUCAAAGAGAAGAACCCAAAGCCCGCGGAUGGAAUUCACGAUGUCGAUGCUAUCAGAAAGCUUCGCGGUGGCAUCACCAGACGACAGCCCCGGGGUUCUCUUGGCGGGAGGCGUGAAGCCUCGACUCCAGUCGGAACGCCCAGGGCACAUGUCGUAAAGGAUACACCCGUCCCUGAGAAUGAAGACUUUCAAUCCCCUGUUCUCUCCAAGGAUAAUCAGCUCUCCGUCGAUUCGACCAUGACAUAUGCGCCAGCUUUUCAGCCAACAUGGGAGGCGACGGGCGUUAUGAACGACAUCCCGAAACGGGGCAGCUGGGAGAGUGAUGCCGCACCCGAGCCACCAAAACGCCCUGGUAUGCAACGUACUGUCAGCAAACAGGCUAUUCAAAAAGCCCAGUUUGAUGUCAAGCAAAAACUUUCAGACGCUAUGGAUACAGCCCGUGCCGCCGAGCUCGCGUUAAGGGAGCUCCUCAGCUCUUGGAGAGCAGCCAAGGUACAGCUUGACAGCAAUUCGAUGCCAUUCGAUUUCGAUCCCCUAUCUCUCGAUUUCCCUGCCCUCACUCUGCAAUGUCUACAGCCUCCACCGACUCUUUUCUCGUCCACGCAACACCCCACCUCCACAUCUUGGUCAGUCCAAUCGCCAGGUCACCGCGAAUACGAGGCUCUGCGGACUUACUUCGCAGGAGAGUUCAAGGCUUGGAAAGUGACCUGUGCUUCUGCUACCACCGCCGUCAUGGAUGAGUUUAAAUAUCCGCCUUCGACAAAUAACAAUUUCCGAAACCCUCGGGAGUCGAUCCGCAAGGCUGAGAAAAUAGCCGAACAACUUGAGGCGCAAAUCGAUGAACACCUCCAGUCAGCAUACGCAGUAUGGGAGACUCUCCCAAUUCAACGACAGCAAGAGCUUUGGAUUCUGGAGUUAGCCCGGGGUGUGGGAAGAAAACACAAGGAGGCUGAGAAAAUGAAGGAGAAGCAGCACAGACUCAAGCAAGAGAAUGCCAACCUCAAAUCCCAGAUUGAGCAACUGAACAAGCUUCAGCAACCCAAGGAGUUCAGGCUUGCCCCACCAGUCACGAUUCCCCUUGAAAGGGAGUUGCUUUCCCUUUCUUACGAGCAGGCUGUCAAGGGCGGAAGGGCUGUAGGUUUCUCUAUCGAGGAUAGUCAACUCGACCUCGGUGCUCUCGUGACAAGAUCCAUCGAGCGCUGGAAGAGUGUUAUUGCUUCUUCAAGGGCCAAUGCUGCUGGGAUGAACGCCCAGAGGACGUUAGAACAAGCCAACCAGAAUCAAGCCUCUUCCGCUGCUGUCAACGGCACUCAACCAACGCCUCAAAUCCAGACGCCAUCUCAGCCACAUUUUCAACAGCAGCAGCAACAUCAACCGCAACGACCACAGCUUCCCAAACGCCAGUCAACAACUAGCAUUAACGGUGCUCCGAGCGAGCAUGCCACUACUUCGGCCUCGACAACUGGUCCAUCAUCAAUCGCCGAGGCCAGCGAUCAAGAUGCCGAUGCAGAGAUGGAGGAUGAUGAUAGCUUCGCCAUGGUCAAUGCAUCUCCAGUCAAGCCUCAACCACCUGUCCAGCAACAAGCAAGUCUAGAAGUACCACGAACGCGGCCUACCCAACAGCAACAGCAACAACAGAUGCAGCAACAACAACAACGAGCAGCAGCACAGUUUAUGAUGCCCAACGGAACUGGGAGCCCUAUAAACCGAAACGCCAUUAAUAUGAGUCGUUCGAUGCCAAAUAUGAAUAUGGCGAUGCAAAAUGGAGCAAUGCAUGGUGCAGACAUGGCCAUGGCUAUGCAGGGGCUUGACUCAAUUUGCUGGCAGCAGAGACUUAAAUCAGGAACUGCCGCCUGA